CCACGAAGAAAUGACUUUUGGAGGCUCGGAAGGUGUUAUUCGUCAUCAGCUCGUUAAACUGAAUCUGAAUAUGUAUAAUAAAGUCAAAACAAAAUUCCACUUGAAUUUUGCAUUAGCUGAACCUUAUAUUGAAGUACUAAAUCGCGAUAAUUUUGUAUCGAACGAAGAAAAAUCAAAUCAUCAACUUUGGACUGAAUUGUGUGAAUUAAUAUCGAAAAGUCCAUCAAAACUUAAAUCAACUGAAGGUGAAUCAAUUAUUCGUCAAGGAAUUGAAAAAUAUAAAGAUCACGUUGGACAGUUGUGGACAUCCCUAGCAGAUUAUUAUAUUCGAGCAGACUGUUUCGAAAAAACUCGCGAUAUAUUCGAAGAGGCAAUUGAUGCCGUUUUGACUGUAUUCGAUGCCUAUGCACAAUCUGAAGAGGGUGCAAUAAUAGUCAAAUUUAACGAAGAACAAUUGACAGAGGAUGACGCUCUUGAAUUAGAAAUUCAUUUGGCUCGGUUGGAGUAUUUAAUGGAUCGUCGUCCAUUAUUAUUAUUGUAUGGUGAACAAUAUGAUAAAGUAAUUGAGACGUAUGCACGUGCUGCUCAAACAAUUGAUCUAAAAAUAUGUACUGGAAAACUUCAUGAGUUGUGGAUAUCGCUGGCACAAUUUUAUGAUAGUAAUGAUCAACUGGAUGAGGCACGAUAUAUUUAUGAUAAAGGAACAAAAGUCACUUAUCGUCAUGUUGAUGAUUUGGCAUGUGUUUGGUGUGCAUGGUGUGAAAUCGAAUUGAAACACGAAAACUACGAAGAAGCUAUUCGACUAAUAGAACGUGCCACAGUAUUACCACGACAUAAAGGUGAUUAUUACGAUGUAAAUGGAACAGUACAAAUGAGAUUACAUAAAACUUUAAAACUAUGGUCGUUCUAUGUUAAUCUAGAAGAGUGUUACGAUACAUUUGGAACAGUUAAAGACGUGUAUGAUCGUAUAAUCCAUUUAAAAAUAGUCACACCACAAACAAUUAUUAAUUAUACCGUUUGUUUGGAAGAUGAUAAAUAUUAUGAAGAUGCAUUUCGAACAUAUGAGAAAGGCAUUGCUCUGUUUAAAUGGCCAAAUGUUUAUGAUAUGUGGUUAACAUAUUUAUGUAAACUUGUUCAACGUUAUUCGGAUGAUUCAAAGUUGGAACGUACUAGAGAUUUGUUUGAACAAUAUCUCGAAGAUUGUCAACCAAAAUAUGCCAAAAAUUUAAAUUUAUUAUACGCUAAAUCGGAAGAAAAACAUGGACUAGAUGGGCGAACAUUAAAAAUAAACGAAAGAGCAACAGAAGCUGUUGAACCAAAGAAAAAUACGAGGUAUGUCUAG